AUGCCCACCACCUCCACCGAGGUGCUCACGGAAGUAUCGUCAUCCCUGCCAGUUUCGCUCCUAUCGUCGUCCUCACCCAUCCUUGAUGGCACCAUCUAUGAGGUGGAUGAUUCGGAACUCCAGGACCUCGAGAUCGAUGUAUCGAUCGAGUUUUCCAACGGCUCCAACCGUACCAGUAACGCCCCCCAGAACCAGUCCAAUCUUACGCUCGACGACUGCCACUUCAUGUCGUUUGAAGAGUGGAAGAAACAGAAAACAGAUGGCACCAAUGACAAGGAGGAGAAGUCCACCAACUAUACUGUCAACAUCAAAAACGAAUCUUCAUCCAUAACAAGUGACCUUGCCAUACAUAUAGAGAACAUCACCACCCCCCAAUCCAAGGCAUCUAAAGAGGACCAGGGCAAGGUCUACAAGGAUAAAUUCAAUUAUGCAUCGGCCGACUGUGCUGCCACAGUUGUCAAAACCAACUCUUUGGCCAGUGGAGCCAUGUCGAUAUUGGUGGAAAACAAGGACUCUUACCUUUUGAACCAAUGCUCGUCUCCUAAUAAGUUCGUGAUCAUAGAGUUGUGUCAGGACAUCUUGGUGGAGAAUGUCGUAAUAGGAAACUUCGAAUUCUUCAGCUCCAUGUUUCGGGAUGUGAGGAUCUCGGUCAGCGACAGGUUUCCAGCCACGAACUGGAGAGUGUUGGGGGAUUUCGAAGCAGAGAAUAUCAGAGACAUUCAAACGUUUAAAAUUCAAAAUCCUUUGAUUUGGGCCAGGUACUUGAAAUUGGAGAUAAUUUCCCACUACGGUAACGAGUUUUACUGUCCUAUCUCUAUUGUGAGAGUGCACGGGAAAACUAUGAUGGAAGAGUUCAAGGAAGGCGAAGUGCCUCUCGAAUCCAACGUACCUGAAGUGGAGCCGGAAUUGACUAUCGAUCUAGAAGAUUUAGAUGAAACAGCGUCUAUCGAUGAAGAGUGCAGGGUUGUCUUGCCUCAUUUGAGAUUAAAUGAAUUUUUGAAGUACAUCAAUACCACUGGAAAUGAUUAUUGUGAGGUUACAGCUGAACCCGGAACCACUCAGACAAUUGAAAUACAAACUACCCAGGAGUCCAUUUAUAAGAACAUAAUGAAAAGGUUGUCACUAUUGGAAUCCAAUGCUAGUUUGUCCUUGUUGUAUAUUGAAGAGCAAAGCAAAUUAUUAUCAGGCGCAUUCACCAGUUUAGAGAGAAGACAAUCGAACAAUUAUGAGAGUCUAAUUGAGUCGUUCAAUUCCACCUUGCAUAAUCAAUUAUUAAGCUUCAAGAAGACUUACGCGAAUAUGCAUAAUGAAUAUGCUAAAUUGUUCAAGAUGCAAGAGUUCAACCACAAGAGUUUAUUAAACGAGUCAAAAAGGAAAGUGGAGGUAUUGGGUAGCGAAAUCACCUUUCAUAAACGCCUUUCCAUAUUCAAUAGUGUGCUUCUUGCGUGCUUGUUGGUGUACGUCAUAUUAACCAGAGAUGCAUACAUUGAUGAGAUGGAGGUCAGAGGUACUAGUGGUAAGAAAAAACGCAGAAGAGACUAUUUCCCAGCUGGCUUGGUUAAUAGAACUCGCAGAUCAGAUGAACGGAUUCGUGGUAAGCGGUGGAACGGAUAG